AUGACCUCCAACACUGAUGACCACCGCCAGCUCCUACUACAGGCAAAGCAGAGACAGAAAACCGAUCUCAGCGAGUCUGCAGCCUUAUCCGAUCAGAUAGCAAAGAGCGUCCAUGCAAUCAUCAAGUCAAACUCUCUGAAUUCCAGCCUGAACUGUGCCCCAGUACUCGAUAAGAUCACAACUAUCCACGAGCUCGACAGCGAGAUUGAUCGCCAGCUCAAUGUGGAUAUUGCAGGAAAUUACGAGAACCUUCUUCUGGCGAAGAAGAAGCUUGCCAGCUAUAUCAAGAGAACCCAACAUGGAAUGGUUGUCAACACUGAUACUCAUGACUCUUACGUGGAUCUUCUCCAACGACGGGUAGAGCUUGUGGACCAAGACCUACGCAUUCUAGAACAUACUCUAAAGUUGGUUAAAGAACAUAGAGACUAG